CCUGCUCCAUUUUCAAUUUCCGGCUCUGUUAACCGAAUACCGGAGCUCUCUUGCCCCAGCCCCAAGUUUUCACCAACCAACAAUAUUGCUCAUUGCCAACCUUCUCAAAUUGGUAUUUUUGACCGAGUCUUGUCAGGCAGUCCCAGGUUAAACGAAACUAUUUCAACUGCGACCAACACAUCCUAUGAGUCCUCUUCUUUAGGUCCAGUCUGUGACUUGCAGAGUAAUGGGACAGAGACAUUGUAUGAGACCCCUACCUCGACGAAUUCGAGUUUUCCGUCAGAUAACCGCCGGAUGGCUGUUGUCAUGGCCAACCUAUUUCAUGCCGACCAUGCGCUUUGCAGCCCUGAGUAUCUUGUGCUAUCCUCCGACAGACUUCUGCGUCCUCUAUCACAUUUCCAGCAUACGACGCCUCUGCUCCACUCCCUGGAAGAUGAUGGUGAAAGAAUGCAACAAACCUCUCCUGCUUCGAUGCAAGAGGAGUCUGCCCGAUUGUUAUUUGGCAUCGAUUUAGCUAAUCUACCCAGGGCUACUCACCUCUGUUUGGCCGUUUCCUAUGCGACACUUAGCUCAUCCAUCCAUCAUAAGCGUUUUAACCCGUUUAGAGUCAAGCCUCAACUAAAUACCGAUUUCAGAUAA